UCUUCGUGUAUGCGCUGCAACGCCGCAUCAAGAUGCACACCAUCGUCUUGCUGAGCACCCUCGUCUCCUUUGUGGGCAUCGUGGCUUCCGCAUACUCCCCCGACAUCGCGUGGAUGACGGUCACCUUCGGCGCGGCGUACGGAUUAGGAAUGGGGACAUUCAUAAUAUCAGCCGGCGUAUAUGUCCUAUAUUAUUUCCAAAAAUACCAAGCCAUGGCAACAUCCAUCGUGUACAUAGCGUGGGCAUUGGCUGAACUCACCGGCCAGUUCGUGCUCGCUCACCUGACCGAUGUGUACGGCCUCGAGGGGGCGCUGCUCCUCAUCGGAGGACUCGUGAUGCAGGCGACGCCCAUCGUCCUGUUGGCGAGAAAUCCGGGGGCGAUCACGCUGCCGCCGUUGCGAGGAAAGUCUUACUCUUUCGAAAACGGCGACACCAAGCCUGGCUGUGUGUCUAACAAAAGCGACACGGUUUCGACUGAACAAAGGUCGGAGCGACAACAAGGUGCACAACCCGAAGAGGUGCCAGCGUCCUUGGAGGAGCCGUGCACCGUGAGGCAUGCCCUGGGAAUCUUCCGCGAGCCCAGCUUCUACGUCCUCGCGCUAACUGUGGCCGCCGGAGACUACACGAUUUCCGAGUUCAGCAAGACUAUCGUGGACUACGGCAUCGACAAGGGCAUCGACCUCGCCAGGGCGAGGCAGCUGAUCACCUAUUCACCCGUGGGACAGCUUCUGGGUCGCUUCCUGGUGCCGGCGCUGGCCGAAGUCACUCCGAUCGGCCGGCGUCCGCUGUACGCGCUCAGCUUCGUACUGGCGGCCGCUUGCAUGGCGGCGGUGCCGCACGUGUUCAGCUUUCCGGCCAUGGUCGCACUGACCGUGGUGGAGGGGAUUGCGGUGGGCUACAUCAUUCUCAUCAAGCUGGUGCUCGUGGCCGACUUCCUGGGCGUCGAGCGAACGGCGGCCGCGUGCGGUGUCAUCGGAGUGGUCACCAUUCCGGUGUCCCUGGUCAGCCCACGAAUAACGGGAGUGUUUCGCGACAUGGCAGGAUCGUACGACGGCUUUUACCGGAUGCUUGGAGCCGUCAACCUAGCCACCGCCGCUGUGUUCGCUGCUUUUAUCUUGUGGAACUGGCGCCGCAAAACCGCCGAGCACAGCAAAGACAGCAAUUCGGAUAAGUGCUCGGCAACGGGGCUGUGAAUCUGUUCGUCGAAUGCGGAACUUUUCGGGUCGUCCGUUCCUGGCAUUUCCCGCGCUUAUAGGAAACAGAACCACCCCCUUCGGAGGAGUACCUAGGCUAGAACUUAGCACCGCCAUUUAAGUGUGGGAAAGGUUAGUUAAAUUGUGACGUCUCGACGACUGUGCGCGGGAGCGAGUGCACGGGCGACCUUGCACGCCCUCAUUUUCUUUUUUUUUUUUUUUGUGACAGCGACGUUUCUACAUUUCGUGUCUCUUUCGAGAUUUUGUGCCCAAUGUGACGCACUCGCGUACUCUCAACACGUCUCGAGUUUUCUGCGAGAUAUGCCUCCAAGGUGCAGGAAGUCUGUCUACAAUGCUAUAAAGAAGUGCGUGACCGAUGGUGGAAUCGAACAUCUGUACUUCAACACCAAAUUCCCAAUGCUGUCACCAUUAGACCACGAUCUCAGGCACGCUUCUCUCGUGCCAAAGUCGCGCUUUGAAACGCCGGGCGUGUUAGUCAGCUACCCGUUUCUCGCAUUUUGUACUCCUUAUUCAUGAUCAUCAUCACUUGUUCUGAAAAAGAAAAAAAGAAUCACACAAAAGUGUAGGCAAACAUCUGGAUCCCAAACCAACGGCUAGUUAGGAUCUAUUCAGUGCCAUACGCAGUAAAAAAACACACUCACAAACAGGGCAUACAGUGGGUACACCAGGAUAGAAACAGAGCGGAAUGUAGGUUAAGAAGGUACACUACAAUACAAAGAUGACAUCAGGUGGGAUACUAGGUUGUAGCAGAAAGGGAAACUAAAGUUAUGCCAUACCGGAAGUGUUAGUUAUAAAAUACGUUUCUGAAGAAACGUGGAAGUCGGCAUUAGGUUUAAUCUCAACACGAAGAUUUUUACAAAUGAUAAAUCCACCACUGCAAGUCCUUCUUUUCCCGCAUACAUUUUUCUAUAGUGGGUGCAAGCAAUUACCGUUGAGUGAGAGGGACAGUUAGGAACAGUACUCUAAUGUAUCACAUAGCUGCGCUAAAAUCUAAUAAUAAAUCAAAAUCAAUACAUGCUUGAAGCAACGAAAGAGACAGCAGCGACACUGACUGGAGCGCCUGGCUCGUCGACCGACAGCUCGUACUGGUGGACUGGGCGAAGAAAGCCAAGCAGGCCCAGGGCCUUACUUGAGCCCGAUCCCUCAGCCACCUCCGCCCUUCUCCCUCUCCCUUUCAAUAAAGUUUGUCACCACCACCACUAAA